UUCAACAUUCUAUUUCAAGUCUGCCUAAAAACGAAACAGUUCAACAUUCUAUUUCAAGUCUGCCUAAAAACGAAACAGUUCAACAUUCUAUUUCAAGUCUGCCUAAAAACGAAACAGUUCAACAUUCUAUUUCAAGUCUGCCUAAAAACGAAACAGUUCAACAUUCUAUUUCAAGUCUGCCUAAAAACGAAACAGUUCAACAUUCUAUUUCAAGUCUGCCUAAAAACGAAACAGUUCAACAUUCUAUUUCAAGUUUGCCUAAAAGCGAAACAGUUCAACAUUCUAUUUCAACAUUUAAUAAACCUAUAACAACUACUACUGUUCCACAAUCUGAAAACCAAAUUGCUUCUUCAAAGGAUGAUGUUAGAUUAUCAACUAUAUUGAAUAAUGUUUCUUCACCAUUAUCUACUUCGAGUAAUUCAAGUGUAAGCGAAUCAUUACAGGAUUCAAAUUUCACCAGUCAAGAAGAUUCUGGUGUACAAAAAGGUCGGAGAAUUGCCAGACUAAGAAAAAAAUUUGAAAAAAAACGUGUGGUAAAUAUUGUCCCAAAAGUAGGUAUCAAAGAUUUACACUACGACACUCAACAACAUAUUGACAAUAAAAGUCAUGUUUUAUUUCAAAUCGGCCCUAUAUUCGCAAAAGUUGAAUGUAUGUAUCAUCCAUCCUCAAUUUUACAAAAAGAUCCUCGAAUAAAUGGAUCAUUCCUUACUUUCUCUCGCACUGAUCAUGCUCAAAAUCCUAACGUAAAUAAUUGGUUUGAAGAUGGUCAAAGAAUUAUAUUACAAUCGAGUCAGAUAGAUCAACCUGAAAAAAUGUUAUCAUUAUAUGAAAUGUUAAAUGACCAAUUUUUGGUGGAUUUAUUUCGUGAUGAAAAUGGAAUUAUUCGAUUUGUUCUUGUAUAUUUAUUUACUAAAAAAUAUUUGUUUACAAAAUUGAUACGAUUUUGUGAUUCUAUAAUUCAAGAAAAUAUUGAUUUGGCUUCUUAUAGAUUAGAAAAGAUUGCAAAUUAUAGGAAAAAAGAUCUAUUGGUUAUUGUUAGUGAGAAUAGAAAAAAUGAUUUUGAAGAACUUGGAUAUGAGGCUUGUUCUGAAAAUUGGGCUUCUGAUGUUAAACUUUGUGGAAAUGAUGUUUUGUUGUGUAAAAGAGUUGGAUUUACCAGUUAUGGAAGUAGCGAUGAUGACUAA